CCUCCAUCCCGAUCCUGUCCAUACCCCUCCAGCCAUUGUUUAUCACAACGCAAAGAACCUAACAUUACUCUUUUGGUCCCAGCCAGGUUCAACUUGAGUAUCGAGCAUGCCGUUGACGAUACUCACGGACGAAGACGUGCGUAGUUUACUGCUACAGCUUACCAAGCAAGACAUCCAAGACCUGCAGCAAAGUCUCGCAGAUGCGUUACACUACUAUUCGACAUCCACGGAGAAUGAUUCAAACGGCUGCUCCUCGUCGUAUCAACCGCUGCGCACAUCACUAAAACGCAGCGAUGGCCAAACAACGCUUCUCAUGCCGGCUAGCAGCAAUGAUGGAAUUGGUGUAAAGAUAGUUACGCUGGCGACUCCUGAUGAGAAGACGCAUUCACACACCGCCUCGAUUACUUCCUCUCUCGACACGCUGUCCCUGUCUCAGCAUUCUACACAGGCCGAUGCCUCCUCGACAACCGCACCUGAACCUCCACAGUCGCUUGCGAGUGCACAGAGUACAACACCAAAGGGCAGUCUUACCCUUUUCGACAAGAAUGGCAACCCCAGGGCACUGGUGAAUGCAGAGGAGAUCACGGCAUUCAGAACAGCCCUCGCGAGUACCAUGCUGUUUAAGAAACGGCAAAACGUACAUGACAUUGUGGUGUUCGGCGCGGGCAAGCAGGCGUAUUGGCAUAUAAGACUUGCGCUGCUAUUGCGCGGAUCCGAUGUCCACCACCUCAACAUCAUUAACCGCGACUUCGAGCGCGUACAUCUUUUGCUCCAGAAACUAUACAAUCCGCACGAGCAACCAGAGCAAUGGUCAGCCUCUAAUGAACGGGUCCCUCAUUACCGCCAGGCUGAAGGUCAUAUAACUACCGAUCUGCCGAGGCCGAAGAUUCAGAUCCUGACACCGGGGCACAGCGAGUACGAGAGACUGUUGAAGAGUACGAUUCGAGCGAGCAGCGUCAUUUUCUUCACCACCCCUUCUCUCACCCCGCUCUUCCCCGCACCGUAUCUCACGAAUCCAGAGGGCAGGAAGAAAGGCCGCUAUCUCGCCGCUAUCGGAAGUUAUAAACCGAACAUGGUGGAAAUCCACCCAGACAUUCUGCGCCAAAACGUCGCGCCCGAGCACGGUCAUUGGCAUUUUCACAAGCAUGCUCAACAGGCUGGCGCCGUCGUUGUCGAUAGCGUGGAGGCUUGUCUCAAGGAAGCCGGAGAGGUUAUACAGGCUGGCCUGGGCCCGAAUGAAGUGGUGGAGAUAGGAGAACUACUCAUGCUGAAGCGCGACGCUGAACGACGGCGGUUGGAGUGCCAGGCGAACAAAAGUGCAGAGGGAUUGGAUGAAGGUGGAGUCGAGCUCGGCGAGUGCGAGAAGUCGAAGAAGAAGCGGAGAGGGAAUAGUCAGAAGGAUCACGAUAGGGAGGAUAAGGCGCACCAGAGUUUGAUGGACUGGUUGCAGAAGGGGAAUGUGAUAUACAAGAGUGUGGGGUUGGGCUUGAUGGACGUUGUUGUUGGGAGCGAUCUGGUUCGGUUGGCAGAUGAGCGAGGAAUUGGAACGAGGAUUGAGAACUUCUAG